AUGCUGCUGAUGAACAAAGAUGCCAUGAGAGUUUCUCCCGCGGUUGAUUUCCUCAGUUAUAGCAUAAGCAGCCCAACCAUCGGAAACAAUAUGGCUUCCAGGCUGAAUGUAUACCGCGACACAAUCGCUACUUUCAGAGUCUCUGUUCGCCGAUCUAGCACCUCAACUAAGAAAUACUUUCCCAAAACCUGUUCCAUACCAGCGAAUGGCCAGUGCGUCAUUGCCCACGCAGGACGAAAAGCUCACGAGGAAAGCAAAUUCCUUAAACCGGAACGAAAAGCUCAUGAAGAAACCAAAUUCUCUAAACCAGAACGAAAACCUCAAGAAGAAUCCAAAUUCCCUAUACCAGGACGAAAAGCCCACGAGGAAAGCAAAUUUCUUAAACCGGAACGAAAAGCUCAUGAAGAAACCAAUUACUCUAAACCAGAACGAAAAGCUCAUGAAGAAACCAAUUUCUCUAAGCCAGAACGAAAAGCUUAUGAAGAAACCAACUUCCUUAAACCGGAACGAAAAGCUCAUGAAUAA